ACGGAGAGCAAAGUAAUGCUGUCCAAAGCUGUCCGCUACGAGCUGUGCAUUGGCUUGAACAAAGGCCACAAGACCACCAAAGUCAAGAAUGUCAAGUACACCGGAGACAAGAAGGUGAAGGGUCUGCGUGGAUCUCGCUUGAAGAACAUCCAAACCCGUCACACCAAGUUCAUGCGCGACCUGGUCCGCGAAGUGGUGGGCCAUGCCCCCACCAUGGAGUUGCUGAAGGUGUCCAAGGACAAGCGCGCUCUGAAGUUCUUGAAGCGCCGUCUGGGCACACACAUCCGUGCCAAGAGGAAGCGUGAGGAGCUGUCCAACAUCCUCACCCAGCUUAGGAAGGCUCAGACCCAUGCCAAGUAAACUCCAAAGGAACGCGUCCCGCGAUGUGUUUUUUUUUGUUUUCGUGACAUGAGCAAACCUACAAUAUUCUAUUUGAAGAUGGAAUCGUCUAAGAGGUUCCCAAUAUUAAAAA